GCAGCGCCAUCUUUUCCGGGCUUGUGCGUCGUCCAUAUUGCGUGCUGCACAAGUAGGUCUCCGAAAUUUGUGAGCAUUUCAUUGUGAAAAACGCCAACUAAGUACUCCUGAUAUGCCGAAGAACAAGGGAAAGGGAGGUAAAAAUAGGAGAAGAGGAAAGAACGAAAAUGAAACUGAAAAGAGAGAACUCGUCUUCAAGGAGGACGGCCAAGAAUAUGCACAAGUUAUCAAAAUGCUUGGCAACGGACGGCUAGAGGCCAUGUGCUUUGAUGGCAUGAAGAGACUGUGUCACAUUCGAGGAAAACUGAGAAAAAAAGUUUGGAUAAACCAGGGUGACAUCAUUUUAGUGGGUUUGCGGGACUACCAAGAUGCCAAGGCAGACGUCAUCCUCAAAUACAAUCCAGACGAAGCACGAAACCUAAAGUCCUACGGAGAACUGCCAGAGCACGCGAAAAUCAACGACACUGUCAACUUUGGUGAAGAAGAGGAAGACGACAACAUUGAGUUCGAUGAAGUCAGUGGCGAUGAGGACAUUGAGGGGAUCUGAGCAUUGGUGAAGAGCAUGCAGGAGCAAUCCCCACUGUAUCACCGUUUGCAGAAUGUCGAAUGCCACUGGUUUCUCUCUGCUACCUUUCAUGCGAAAUUUACCAUUUUUUCCGUGCUUGUGUCGUGUGAAGUCUGCAGAAGUAAAGGUAAUAAAGUGCUAUUUAUUUUCCUUUCUCCCCGGCCUAAGAAUUUGCUGACAGCAAGGACUGUGCUGUCAUUGAAACUGUUGCGCACGCAUGUGCCGUUGUGACGGCAACAUUGGCGAGGAGGAAGCCUGUUGUCAGAGUUGGACAAGAAAAAAUGGACCUUGAAAAGAAAUUUUUUUUGGUGAAAUGUAAAUUUUCCCGUGUCAUCAGCGGCAACAUUCUGCUGUUCUGUUUUCAUGAGUGUUUAAUUGAAGUGGGUGAAUCUGGGCUCUUGCUGUGUCACUGCAGUGUGGUUGGGCAAUCAAGAAAGGAACCUGCCUCAAGUUGCUCAGUUGUAGCUGUUUAUCUGGAGCUGUUACCACCCUUGUGCUCUAUUGUUUUUACUGUGGUGUGUGUAAGGCAGCGAUGAAAUGAUUGAAUGGUUGUAGACAAUAAAAGGGCUGCUUUACAUGAUGUAUAAAAUGAUUAUUUCGAUAUGUGCGGUAGUGGCUGCCGAAAGCAGAUUUCACAUUAAUUUUUUUCCUGCUACAUCUUAAUGUCUGUGAAUAAGAAAAUAAUGUAACAAAGUGCUAAUAAAGACAUUACUGCCAAUUCAA